UAUAUAAUGAGAGAUUAAUUGUACAUAGAUAUGAUUUCACCCAUAGUCCCAUAAAGGAAAGGCAAACACUAAUUGAUGUCUUGAUUCCAAUUCGGCCAACAGUUAAUGUUGGUUUGACAAUGCUUUGGGACAUAGAAUCGGUAAUCAGCUUUGUGAAAGAAAUUACAAAAUUAAGGGAAUUUUUAAGGAGAAUUGACACAA